AUGAAGAUUCCCUUUUAUCUUUUGGGAACGAGUUUUGCUGGGACGCUGCCGAAUUCUUGCCAAGGUGGAAAGCAACUGAACCUGCUCGCCGAAUUAAUCUCCGCUACGCCCGUUGCUGAGCGGAAAGGGAUCACCUUAGUGCGGGACUACUCGCCUGAAUUCAAGAAGGAAGUGAACGGAUAUCGCUUCGACGAGGAAGCCCGACUCCUUUCCCUCCGCGCUGCAGAGGCGCUCGGAAACUGCUCCAAAUUUCCAUCAGAAAGCUCCUUGCUCCUCACAAUCAAGCCCGGAAGAAUCGACACCAAGGGACAGUUCUUGAUCACUCUUCUAGAGCGGCAAGCGAGGCCGCACCGACCGCUUUUUGGACUCAGACUGCAUUACGAUACGAUUUAUUUGGAUCUGCCGAAUGUGAGUCAUCGGAACUCGCCGAGGGUUCAUGUCCCGAAUUUGCAUGAUGGAUGGUGGCACUCGAUUUUUGUCACUUUUGCUGAAGGACAGAUUCAAGUUUCUGUGGACUGCGAAGUGAUGACGGUCCACAAUCCAAAUGAUCAAGCCGUGAAGAAGUUGACGAGCGAAGUCGACCUGACAAAAGCCGACUUUUAUCUCGGCUCCCGACGAGUGCCCAAACAACGCUUCAAGGGUUUGUUCCGACAAGUUCGUUUUGGCGUUGGCUUCGACAUUUCCCGAUUAUGCGAGUCGGACUCGUUUGUGGCCGCUUUGGCCGAGCGACGACGGCCGGCCCAGAUCAAAGCAGACUUUUCGCUCGUCAAAUUCGAAACCAACUCCCCUGGCGACAACUUCUGCGACGCCAGAGCUCGAGGACAUCUUCUUUACGGUGGCGAAAACGACUUGAUGCUCUGCGAUGGUCAUUCCUGGAAGGGGUUGAUGGGAGCAAGUCGACCGAGGCUGAAUUUUAUAGAGAAGAUAGGGAGUUUUGAACCGAGGGAGCCGAUUCUUCACAGCUGUCAUUUUACUAUUCCUGGGGAAGGAUAUUUUAUGGUGACGACUUCAGCGAAAAAAGUCUCUCUGUGGCGCUGGGCGCCAGAUUCGUCGAUCUUCAAAGAAGACAAAACUUCCGAACUCCGGGGGGACGGCGCUUCAAGCUCAACAUUCUUCGCAUUUGAAAAUGCUUUCUAUCUCAUUAUCGUUACGGUGUAA